AAUCUACCUGUUUCUAAACCGGUAUUUGAAGUGCAGCUCGAGAAUCGCAAAAAGACCGAGGGCAAGAAUUUGCGUCGUGAACGUGAAGAUGUGCUACAGGAUCUUUUCAAGGCUUUCGAAAGGCAUCAGUAUUAUACCUUCAAGGAUUUGGUCAAUCUCACUAAACAACCCGCUAACUACUUACAAGAAAUCCUGAAGGAAAUUGGAGUUUUCAACUCGCGGCCUCCUCACCAAAAUAUGUGGGAAUUAAAACCGGAGUAUCGCCAUUAUAAAGAGGCUUCAAAAGACUGA